AUGUUCUUGGACUGGAUAGCUCAGUUGCAUCUUUUGCAGCAUGACGCUCAAACUAAUAUAUUAAAUGUUUUGCCCGUAUCAACGCGAAGGACAUUGAUAUCCGAGAUCACUUCAUACUUACACCCAGCAGCUGGAAAAGCAGCUCCUCAUCCUUCCAUCUUUUCAUCGCCAGCCCAUGUGAAAUGGUUUAUGGAGGUCAUUGGACAAGGUUUCAAUUUGCCUUUGGAAGAUAUGACGAUCACAUCCGAAGACAUCAACAUUUAUGCACAGUGGUUGUUCGAAGCGAAUCAACGGCCUGCUGCCGUGUCUCGCGAAGGCUUGGAGCAGGAAUUCUUUCAAAUCAUCUUUCAUCAAUACUCUUUAUUGUUUCGUCCUAGAGUUCCACGACCACACUCUGGUGCCAGCAAAACCGCCACGUAUACCACAACAACGGUUGUGCCUGCGCCAGGAGCGGCAAACCUCAUCACCAUACCCAUGGCUGCGCCUAGUCCACCUCCCAUCACGCGCGAAACCGCUGCUCAGCUAACGCAACGCCAUAUAGAACUAUGCAAAAAAGUCCUGACCGUCUUCACCAUGGCUGGUCGAACGCUCGAUCUUUCUGAAGAAACUUGGUCGGUGCUAUUGAAGGUUGUUUUAGGCAUCACCGAUUCUCUGUUGUCGGAAAGAGUGAGCGAUGGAACACGCAAUGGCCCUGUCAUGGGUGAUGAACUAUGUGAUCAUUUACUCAGAGUCUUGUUUGAGCUUUGGUUACGGUCGAAGACGAGGGAUGUAGAGAUGUGGGAUAUCAUAAAGAGAUGCUUUGUUCGAUGGACGCACAGGCCCAAGGUCAUUCAGCAAUGGAGUUCAGUGGCACUAUCGCUUACCCACCGUACUCUCCGAUUUUUGUAUGGACCCACAGCAGGAACGUCUGUAGUGAACAUUGCAGUGAAUGGAUUUAACGUUAAACUGGAUCUGCCUCAAGAUUUCGUCUACUAUGCGUGGCACAGAAUACUAUUUUUAAUUCCCAAUCCCUGGCAAUUAUCACCUGGCAACUUUGCUUUGGCAGUCAUGGGUGUUGGUCGGAUCGUGGAGGCUUUCCAUUCGGUUGGACAAGUACCCUUACCUGAUUCUGAAACGCCGUCACCGCCAGAUGGCAACACUUUGCUUCACAUAUUUGGAGGCUGGUUGUUUGAUGCAUGCUUUUCGGCACCCCAAGUAAGUGCUGAAUACCAGCAAGGUCGUGCAGAAGCCUACGGAAUUCUUUGUCGUAUUUUCAGCAAGCCCCAACGCAGAGUUCCUUUUCUACGAUUAUACAUUGAACGCUUCUAUGCUGCUCUGGCCAUUGGCCUUCGUUCAGACACAUGUCUUCCAACCAUUCUGAUGAACUCGACAGAACUUUUCGCCACCGACUUAGAAGGCGUGCGACUCAUGGUUCCAGACUUUGUGGUUGGCAUCAAAUCCAUUUUACCCAAAAUGCAACCGGAGUACCGUAAUGUCAUAUCUGUAGACGAACUUCGACUGGCUGCCAUCAAAGUAACAAGUACUAUUAUGUGCCUGCCGAAUCACUUUGAAAAUGUCAGUCUCAAGCCCGAUUGGGAUAGAGGCUUGAAUGUCGCUUCAGAUAAUGUGUCCAUGAUCGGAGAGCAGGAACAACUAGUGUCCCAAUUGAUGAAGGUCUUGUAUGCCCAGCAAUCAAGCCAGCAGCCUGCGUUCACAUCGCUCAAGUACUACAUAUUAGAGCUAUUAUUAAUGUCGCUUCGGACUGAAACUUCGUCAUAUAAUAUGAGAUAUCUAUUGCAUCUCAUUAAUGUCUAUGUCGUUGAAGAUGUUCCAUUCUGCCCUGGUCUUGUUGGGACGGUUGUCAAACUUAUACAAGAUAAGAUUCUAACUAUGCAAUUGAGCUCCGAUGUGACGCUGGUGGCAUUUGACGUUUUAAUGGAUUUUGUUGGCUUGUAUGAGUACGUCAAACGCGAUAGUAAAAAUGUCGCUCGGGAAUUGGUACUGGCACUGUGUCGUUAUGCAGACACUCUAAAUAGUACAGGAAACUUGGCUCAAAAAUACCCUCUGGUUGUACAAGCGUACGACUGCAUGAUGCGUUGGGUCAUGGUCGGGCAAUGGAUAGUCGAUGAUCGUGAUUGUCAGCAUGCUGUGAUUGCAACCUUGAGUAGAGGAAUAACCAUAUUCGAACGAGAAAUUGAAACUAAUAGCCAGUUAGAAGGAUCUCAAGAGAAGAAGAAGAGGCGCGAUACUGGAUUUCCCCCUACCAAGCAGCUUUUCCAGCUGCCUAAUCGAGCCAGUAAAGGCGGUAGCGGCAAUCAAAGCAAUGAUACCGACAAAGCAACAUCAGCUACUAACAAAAAUGGAAUGGCUAUGCAUAGAAAGGAAGAAAUUGCUGUCAAGAUGGCAGCUGAGUACUGUAUGUCGCAAUUUGUCAACCAGCUCGGGAACUUUCCUCCUUGGAAGGAUCAGGUUGGUCCCACUCGAACAUCGACUUUACUGGACGAUCUAUCAAUGAUCAAGGCAUGGAAGAAAUCCAAGUCGUCCAAUGCGAUAUCCGAUGAGGAAGGCGCUGUUGCGAAACGCAUUCAGCUCUUUUUGCUGGAUGGUCGGGUCAUUGCUGGAUUAAUGGAUAUCAGCGAUCUUGUAGAAACCCAUGGUGAAUCUCCGAAAUCACCGGCUAUUGUAUUGAUUUGUCGAGAUACCACUGGGCGAUACUCAUGGACCAGUUGCCUCCGAUACGAAGAUUUGUCUAGCAAAGUCAGCCCAGCCACUCCGCGAUCUUCAUCAAGCACAUCUUCCUCACCAAAGUACAAUCCCAAUCUGUUGGUACGAGCUGGCUCUUCUCCAACGUUAAAUAAUGGUCAUUUGGUCAAAUCGAAUGCCAGUAUACCCGUUGCUGACGCUGUCAAUUGGAUGGCACUGCCUUCACUUGAGCAACUAUUAAUCGGUAAACCGGAGAAGAAGGCUGAAUUGGAACGCAUGACUGAGAUCACCACACUUCAGCAACAUGCAGAACAAGAGAUCGAUCAUCAUGACCCACUCCAAAUUCCCAAAGCCGCGCCUGAAUCGAGCCAUUCUCCUAUAGAUCAAACCCCCAGCGAGAGACUCUUCAUGUCACAGCUCGGGUUCCUGCAUACUAAGAACAGGAAUAAUGUCAUUCCAUUGAGUAUUACGGAUUCUCUUAUUUCAGAAUUGGAAAUGCUAGAUAUGCUUAAUGAACGAGAUUGCAUCUCCAUAUCAACCUACUUUGCGCAAUCGGGUAACGCUACUGAAAAAGAAUUAGUGGAGCAGCCGCCAGAGUUGAGUCAGAGUUAUCUUCAAUUCUUGUACAGUUUAGGCUGGCCGGUCAAAUUAUCAGAACACCAUGGAUACCAAGGCAAAGUUGAUUCUGCUAUCUGCGAUGUUAUCCCAUACUAUGCUGACAGAAUGGUGGAAGUGGUGUUCCAUAAUCCUUACUUUUUGCACGAACCCAAGGAAGGCGACUUGUCAUGGGGCGCUGUCUCUCGGUUACCCAAAUUACACCAGCAAGUCACUCAAGAUGAUCACGUCUGCAUUAUUUGGAUUGAGGACAUGACGAACUGGGAAUCGCUUGCUCAUCGUAUCAAGACAAUGAACAGUGUCAAUUCAAAAAGCAUGGUGUAUAUCUUCAUCAACCCAUUGGUCGGCGCUGUCGAUGGUCUGUACUGGAUACGAAUAUCGAUACCAAGCGUCGGUAAUAAUCCGGCUUCCAUUGUGGCCAGUCAACGUCUAAAGGAGAAUGCCUUGAUUUUUGGCCCUCUCGUCGAUGGCAUGAUCGUUAGCAGACAUGCUUUAGGCGCCAUGGUACGAAAUACCGCUAUCUCAGCACACCAAGCCUGUAGGGUCGUCACCGACUCUUUCACUCGACCCUAUGUGAUUCGAAAGCACUUUAUUGAAGAGAUGGCCCACAGGCAUAGCUCCAAAUCAUCCUUAUCUGAGUUUUAUUCUGAUAUUUUUGUUCAACGGUAG